UUGCUUUUCAGGAACACUACAACAGCGGUCCGCGAAGCUUUAAAAAGGGCUGGUGCUGCACAGGAAGCAGCACAAAAUGCGAUACAGGAUGCAACACAGCAAAUCGCCGACGCCCGGAAUGACCUGGAGAGUGCAAAUGAUGGAUUGAGGGUUGCUGAAGAGGCAGCGGCAAAGUCAAACGAAUCAUUAACCAAACUGGAUACUGAUAUGAAAAAUGUUAGCGUUCAGUAUUUGGAAAUAUCGGAACAUGCCAGGAUUGCGUAUGAAGCGGCUGACAAAGCUUUGCAUCAGGCAGUUUUGGGUAAAACUGCCAAUGAGCAACUGAAAGCUUCAUUUGAUAAAGCGAAAGAGCUUCUGUCAUCGAGGCAUAAGGGUAACGAGUUGCCUCAGGCUCGAGCUGAAGCUUUGCGUAAACGGGCAACUCAACUUUUACACAAAACGCAGCGGCACCGUGCCGAUAUUUACCAACUUUCCGCCAAUAUGGAUGCAUCCGAUGUGCGUUUAGGUCAAUAUAAUCGUAGUGUUGAUGAAUUGCAUUUACGCAUUGAU